CUGCUACUACUAUUUCUUCCCUUUAACAAAGACCAAAACAACAAAAACAAAAAUCCAACAAAAUCUCCAAUCACACUUUCUUCACUCAAUCAAUUCUCCAGAUUCCGCCAUGGAUGACGACAGUGAUCGGAGCUCCGAAGCUACUCAAUUCGAAAUCGUUACAAGAGACCGGAACCGCCACGGUCAAAACGACGACGUUCAACAAGAUUCCGCCUCCGAAUUCGACGAUGACGAUGCCACUCUUGAUCAGGAUAGUGAUUUGGAGACUUCGCCUAUGGAAAUUCAGGAAAAUUCUACAAGUUUUCGAUCUGAAACCCUAGCCUCUGGUUUGGCGGAGGUGCCGGUACAGUAUGAGGUGCAAGACCAUGAGUUGGAGCGCUUGAAGAAUCAACUUCAAGGAAGCCACCAACAAGCCUUAGCAAUCGUUAUAGCUAAGGCCGCCGAAGCUCAAACCGGUAACCCGAUUCAAACACUCGGGGUUCCAUCUUCAACCUCAGAAUUAUCGCCAACGAUUUCAAGUCUUCCAAGAUUAAGUUCACGAACCGACAUAACAUCAACAGGUGACCAGAACAUUAAUUCCAAUUCCAAACCCGUAUCUACUUCACGCACUGUCAAAACACCUAUAGACGGGUACAACUGGCGGAAAUAUGGUCAGAAACAAGUGAAGAGUCCUAAAGGUUCUAGAAGCUAUUUCAAGUGCACAUACAAUAAUUGUGAUGCUAAAAAGAUCGAGGCGUGUGAUCAGUACAGUUCCGUCACGAAAAUUAUUUAUAAAGGUCAGCAUAAACAUGAGCCACCGAAAAAAGUAUAUACUAGGCGAGGUAAGGGUUUAUCGGUUAAUUCUACAGUGCAAGAACGUAAAAUGGUCGCUGCACUUGGAUCGAAGGAGCGUAAAUCGAGUAGCUCGGUUAGUAAUGGUAUGAUUUUAGUUGAGGAGGUUGAUGCACCACCACCGAAACCAAAAGUGAAGAAAAACGUCUCAGCAAGUCCUGGAACCAUUCCGAAACCUCAAAAAAAGCCGAAGUUUGUGAUACAUGCAGCUAGUGAUGUUGGAAUCUCAGCCGAUGGUUAUAGAUGGAGGAAGUACGGUCAAAAGAUGGUGAAGGGAACUCCUCAACCCAGGAACUACUAUAAGUGCACGUCGGCUGGAUGUCCGGUCAGGAAACACAUUGAAUUGGCGGCAGACGGUUCAUCAGAAGCAAUACUAACAUACAAAGGGAUCCAUGACCAUGACAUGCCCAUGCCUGCAAAAGACCAAGCUUCGCCUACGGUUCUUCGUCUUACAGCCGUCGCGUCACCUUCGAAAAACAACUCACAAUCAAACAAAGGUGAAAGCAGCCCGUCAAACGUUAUCAAGAUCAAAACCUGAAGAUUUUCGCAGCUUAACUUAAUUACCUGUUUGUUCAAACAAUUUUUUUUUAAUUAGAAUAAAAUUCUAGGUAGAUCUAGUGGGUUUUGUUUAAUGAGUGUAGGUUUUAAAAUUUUCGAGAACUGUAAAAUUUAAAAACUGUUAUGAGUAAGCUCGAGUUUGGUCGAUUUGGUAUAGGGUAA